CGAAUGAUGGCUUGUGAAGACGCAAGCGGACACGUGCUCCCCCUUUGGGCAACGAGCCUCGGCACGCCCGCAAAUGACGUCGGUCAUCCCAGCACCCUUCAAAGAAGCAGCUCAGCCGUCGCCGCCGAGGCAGCCAAUUGCGGCGCCCCAAAAGCGCUCACGAGAUCACAGGGCCAUGACCACAUCACCCCGAGUUUACUCCACACGCUUUCUGCGGCUCCAGACCGUCAGAUGUCGCGCUCAAGGCACGCCUGCUUGGCACAGCCGUCUGGCAUGUGAAAGUAAACCGAGACCCGCGGCGGCGAGCUAUUAUAAUCCUCGGCUAGCAUUGUCUUCAUUGUAACAUCGACCUGUACCAUUACUCUUCGUUUUCCUUUGCUUCUUCAUUUGCAGCGCCGUCACCAUGGCUCAGCGGUUUUCUACCGCCGACGUGGCGUCACACAACAAGGCCGACAACCUCUGGAUCAUCGUCGACGAGGAUGUGUACGAUCUGACCAAGUUCCAGGACGAGCAUCCAGGAGGGAAGAAGAUCCUCCAGCGCGUGGCUGGCAAGGAUGCGUCCAAGCAGUUCUGGAAGUAUCACAAUGAGAGCAUUCUCAAGAAGUACCAGAAGCAGCUCCAGGUCGGUUCAUUAAACACCAAGGCCGCGCCGCCGACUCCCCCCGCGACACCACCUCCCCAGAAGAAGGAGAAGGAGGUCGUCAAGCCCUCGGCCGAGCCUGGAGUCGUUGCUCCUCAGCCAAGCGCAGCAGCCGAGGAAGCAGAGGCGAUGGAUCCUUUUGGAGACCUCAUUCCUUAUGCCGAUCCAUCAUGGUAUCAAUCCUACCACUCGCCCUACUUCAACGAGUCCCACGCCGCCCUCCGUGAAGAAGUCAGACAAUGGGUGGAGGACGAGAUCAUGCCGAACGUUACUGAAUGGGACGAGGCAAAGAAGGUGCCGGACGAGAUCUAUAAGCAGAUGGGCGAGCGAGGUUAUCUUGCUGGGCUGCUCGGCAUGCAUUAUCCUACACAUCUGACGGACAAGCGCGUGAAGAGCGUGCCACCGGAGCAAUGGGAUCUCUUCCACGAGAUGCUUCUGACUGAUGAACUUUCACGCGCGGGCAGCGGAGGCCUUGUCUGGAAUCUCAUCGGCGGUUACGGUAUUGGCGCUCCACCAGUUUUCAAAUUCGGCAAGAAGGAACUCGUCAAGCGCAUCGGUCCUGAACUCCUCAGCGGCGAGAAGCGCAUCUGCCUUGCCAUUACUGAGCCUGACGCUGGUUCCGAUGUCGCCAAUCUAACCUGUGAAGCCAAGCUUUCUGAAGACGGCAAGCACUACAUCGUCAACGGCGAGAAGAAAUGGAUCACCAACGGUAUCUGGUGCGACUACUUCACAACCGCCGUGCGCACCGGCGGGCCCGGCAUGAACGGCGUCUCGGUCCUGCUCAUCGAGCGCAGCGCGGGCGGCGUAUCGACGCGCAAGAUGGACUGCCAGGGCGUCUGGUCCAGCGGCACCACGUACAUCACCUUCGAAGACGUCAAGGUGCCCGUGGAGAACCUGAUCGGCAAGGAGAACCAGGGCUUCAAGGUGGUCAUGACCAACUUCAACCACGAGCGCAUCGGCAUCAUCAUCCAGUGCGUCCGCUUCUCGCGCGUCUGCUACGAGGAGGCCAUCAAGUACGCGCACAAGCGCAAGACCUUCGGCAAGCGCCUCAUCGACCACCCCGUCAUCCGCCUCAAGCUCGCCCACAUGGCCCGCCAGAUCGAGGCCUCGUACAACUGGCUCGAGAACCUCAUCUUCCAGUGCCAGAGAAUGGGCGAGAUGGAGGCCAUGUUGAAGCUCGGUGGCGCUAUUGCCAGCUUGAAGGCCCAGAGCACUACUACGUUUGAGUUCUGCGCUAGGGAAGCGAGUCAGAUCUUUGGCGGCCUGAGCUAUAGCCGUGGUGGCCAGGGAGCAAAGGUCGAGAGGCUGUAUAGGGAUGUCAGGGCUUAUGCUAUCCCGGGUGGAAGCGAGGAGAUUAUGCUGGAUUUGAGUAUUAGGCAGGCGCUCCGGGUGCAUAAAGCGCUUGGCAUGAAGCUGUGAGAUGUAUAUUGUAUAUGUGGUCAGUGUGGGAUGGGGGUUUAGGGUCGCUUCUUGCAUUGGGAUGCACUCUGUUUUAGUACAAAAUAGAAUACAGUAUCUCGCAGUUUACCUCACCUCAUCCACACUGACCAGCCCCUCUCAAAAACGUGUCGUGAAAUAUUC